AUGAGCAAUUCGCUGGAAGAGCGGCUGAAAUCCAACUCUAAUGCAUUUGACGGGCUGCUGUCGCUGAUUCCCGCCAAGUACUAUUACGACGAUAAGACUCAAGAGCAAUGGAGGGCGUCGAAGAAGACGAAGACCCAGACCCGGCUCGACAAGCGCAAGAAGCUAAACCCUGUAGAGCAGGACCAGGAGUCGUCUUCUGCGCUGGAGGUGAAGAGAAAGCGGGAGGAGGAGGCCAAGCCCGUCGUGCUACCGGGGGAGAAGCUACAGCAGAUGAAUGCGGUGCAACAGGCUGCGACGGCACAGAUCUCGGAGGAGGACGAUGCGGAGGCUGGUGAGCACGAGGAGGUUGAGCACGAGGACGAAGAGACAAUCAGCGUGGUGUUCGACGACGAGGGCAACGCGGUGGACGGGAAGCAUGCUGCGGCGGGGGACAAGCCUGCUGAGGACAAAGAUACCUCGGGCAAGGAGAAGCGACAGAAGAACAUGGAGGCGCUGCGUGCCAAGCUGCAGGAGAGGAUCCGGCAGAUGAAGGAGAAGCGGAAGGCGCCCGGCACGCGCGUGGACGGCGCCCCCAGCUCGCGGGAGGCCAUUUUGGCGCAGCGCAAGAAGCGGGAGGAACUGCGGAAGCGGCGGCAGGAAGAGGAAAGACAGCGGCAGGAUGAUUCGGGCGACGAGAGCGAAUCCGACUCAGAAAGCGACAUGGAUGACCAGCCGCCGACCAAGCAGCGCAAGCGCGACGCAGAGCUGUCUGCCAAGGAUGUCAUUUUCCAGAAUAUAGUAUUCGAUGACGGUUCCCGUGCAACCUCAGACCUGCAGCGCCUCCGCCGCACCGACCGGAAGAAGGGCCCCGCGAAGAACGAUAUUAAGGCACAUCUGAAACUGGCGGAAGCACGCACUUCGCAGUUGGAGAGCAAGGACGAGCUGCAGCAGAUAAUGAUUAAAGAGAAGGAAAAGUGGAAGCGUGCGAUGCUGCAGGCAGAGGGUGUGAGACUCAAGGACGAUGAAAAGCUACUACGCAAGGCGUUGAAGCGCAAGGAGGCCAAGAAGCGCAAGUCGGCAAUUGAGUGGAAGGAGCGCGAGCAGACCGUCACCACAUCUAUCUCCGAGAAACAGAAGAGAAGAGAGGAAAACCUGGCAAUAAGGAAGAGCAAUAAGGGCGUGAAGAAGUCGAAACAACAGAAGAUGAAGAGAAAGUUCACUGGCGCAAUUGUUCCCAAGAAAAGAGCUGGGUUUGAGGGCCGCCUAAAGAGUGGAAAGAGGAAAUAA